AUGAGGUCGCAGAUGCACCAUUAGCUAUAAUAGUUGUACUGAAGUCCUAAGUACUUUUCCUGGUGUUUAGACCAUUGCUUUCCUCUUGAAUGUGGACGGUUUGUGUUUGGGAUAGGUGACAUGUCAGCAGCAGUGCCAAAUGUUACACUGAAAAUUGAUCCUCAGGAUCUUCAGAUCCAAACAUUUACAGUGGAGAAGUUGUUGGAACCAUUGAUAAUUCAGGUUACCACAUUAGUGAAUUGCCCACAAACCCCUUCUAAUCAGAAAAAAGGAUGUUCUAAAAGAGCCCGUGUCCUCCUAGCUUCUGUGGAAAAAGCGACUUGGAAUCUUUUGGACAAAGGGGAGAAAAUUACUAAGGAAGCCAUUGUAUUUAAGGAGGAACUUAAUGCAGCACUUGAUGAUGUUCGUAAAGAAAGUGAAUCUUUAAGCGUAACAGCAAGGGAAUUUACAAACGAUCCCUGUUAUCUGCCUAAAAGGAAAGCUGUUGUUCAAGCAGCAUGCUUCCUUCUAGCUGCUGUCACUAGACUUCUGAUUCUGGCAGACAUGAUUGAUGUGGCAUACCUUUUGCAACAUUUAACAGUGUUUCAAAGAACAUACGAGUCUCUACAAAACGUAUCCAAUAAAUCUGAACUACAGAAAAUCUACCAGAAGCUCAGGAAAGAUCUGGAAAAUCUAGAUUAUUUGGCCUACAGACGUCAACAGAAAUUGUCACACACAGGGAGUCAGAUGUAG